UGCCUGGGAGCAGCCGAGUCAGGCGGAAGUUCACCAGGCGCCUGCUGCAGCCGGAGGAAAAGGGCCGGGAACUUCUCAAACAGCCCCACGGAGGGCGCCGUUACAUCAGCAACAGACCAAAAAACCCUCGGCCUUCUCCGGGGCCGUGCGGGGUCACCGGUCACCUGGCGGGACGAUUCCUGUUGAGUCAACAGGACGGCUUGCCUGAUUUGGAGGGGGGUGUUGUGAUUUGGCAGCAAAGGGGGGCCAAGCAGGAGUCGGCGGAGGCCCCCCCUGUUUCCGGCAUGCCAGCAGGGACUUACCGAGACGCCUCGUCGGGAUCAAGUUGGACUUUGGGGGGAUCCUGACCAUCCCCAUCGCGGUCGCCUCUCUCUCGCUCCCUCCUCUUCGCUGCUUUGUAGCCCCCUCAAAAUGGAUCUUCUCCCAAAAAGCAAAUACACCCACUUGCAGGAUGAAUCGCUGGACGAAGGGAGCCCCGUGGCCGAGGAGGGCCCGUCUCCUGACCCUUCCUCCUCCCUCGGGGUUGCCCCGUCACUGACCGGCUCAGGGUCUUCGUCCUCCCUCAGCCCCAUGCUGCCUGCGGGGGAUCACCCCGAAUCGGAGAGCAGCCCCACCACGCUGUGUUCCUUCUUCCCCAAAAUGGCUAACCUGAAACUCUCCAAUCCCGCCUUUUUGCUGAACCUCCGGUCUUUCUCCCGUGAGCCGGGAGUCCCCGAAGACUCUCCGUGCGCCGCGGCCUUGCCGGACUCAACGGGGGUUGUCGGUCUCUAUUCCCAGGAUAUGAACAAACUGAGUUGCGGGAAGAAAAUGCGGGUCGAAGGCGGUCAGCUGGGCGGCGAGGAGUGGACGCGGCACGGGAGUUUUGUCAACAAGCCCAGCCGGGGUUGGCUGCACCGGGACGACAAGGUGAUGGGUUCCGGAGUCUCCUACCUGGUCCGGUACAUGGGUUGUGUGGAAGUGCUGCAGUCCAUGCGGGCCCUCGAUUUCAGCACCAGGACUCAGGUUACCAG